CAGGCCAUGAGCUGCAGCCAUAGCUCUGUAGAGCAGAGUUUCAUCUCUCCAGACAUGGGCUCCUUUUGAUGAGAGAUCCAAGAGUUACACCCUGUGACUUUGCAAUCUGAGGGAGCUGAAGAAGAGAGGAGUUGGACAAUGGCUCUCUGCACAGCCCGGACAUUCUGCCUCUGAGCAGACUUGUGUUUAUACUGAGAACAAAGACAGCCCUGAAGAAUUUUUCCAUUUCCUAAAUUUUAUGGGGUAAUCUGGAUCCCAAAGAGGCACAUACGUAGUUGAUUAUGUUACCUCUUGUCUUCUGAAGAGCAAGGGAAUAUUCCCACAGAGAUAGUGGACAGAAUCUGACUCAUUCAACUGCAGAAAACAUCCUUCUUCAAAUGCAGGAAAGAUUGGUCUCCACACCCAGAAGUAAAAAUGUCCAACAUCACUGAAUUCCUCCUCCUGGCGUUGGCAGACACGCGGCAGCUGCAGCUCCUGCACUUCUGGCUCUUGCUGGGCAUCUACCUGGCUGCCCUCCUGGGCAACGGCCUCAUCAGCACAGCCGUAGCCUGCCACCACCGCCUGCACACCCCCAUGUACUUCUUCCUCCUCAACCUCGCCCUCCUCGACCUGGGCUGCAUCUCCACCACUCUCCCCAAAGCCAUGGCCAAUGCCCUCUGGGACAACAGGCACAUCUCCUAUUCAGCAUGUGUUGCACAGGUCUUUUUGUUUUUGUUCUCAGCAGAGUAUUCCAUUCUCACCAUCAUGUCCUAUGACCGCUAUGUUGCCAUCUGCAAGCCCCUGCACUACGAGACCUUGAUGGACAGGAGAUCUUGUGCCACCAUGGCAGCAGCUGCCUGGGGCACUGGUUUCCUUAAUUCCCUGCUGCAUACUGCCAAUAUAUUUUCACUGCCUCUCUGCCAUGGCAAUGCUGUGGAUCAGUUCUUCUGUGAAAUCCCCCACAUCCUCAAGCUCUCCUGCUCAGAUUUCUACCUCAGAGAAAUAUGGCUUCUUUUGGUCAGUGCCUCUUUAGCAUUUGGAUGCUUUGUUUUCAUCCUUUUCUCCUAUGUGCAGAUCUUCAUGGCUGUGCUGGCAAUGCCCUCCAAGGAGAUACGGCACAAAGCCUUCUCCACGUGCCUCCCUCACCUGGCUGUGGUGUCCCUCUUUCUCAGCACUGGUAUAUCUGCCAAUCUGAGGUCCCCAUCUCUUUCCUUCCCAUCCCUGGAUCUGGUGGUUUCAUUUCUGUACUCAGUGGUGCCUCCAACACUGAACCCCCUCAUCUACAGCAUGAGGAACCAGGAGCUCAAGGAUGCUCUGAGGAAAAUGAUGUCAUGGUCACAUUUGAGCAAGGAUAAACUUCUUAUCUGUCUCUAUAAAGGACUCACACUCAGGGGUCAGCCUUGGGACCAGAGCUCUUACACGUCUAUCAGUAGCAUGGAUGAUGAGAUAGAGCGCUCCCUUAGCAAGUUUGCUUAUGUCACCAAGCUGUGUGGUGCAGUUGGCACGACCGAACGAAGGGCUGCCAUCCAGAGGGACCUGGACAGGCUUGAAAUGUGGGCCCAAAGAAACACCAUGAGGUUCAACAAGAUCAAAUGCCAGUUUUUGCACUUGUGUCAGGACAAUCCCAGAGAGGUGGUCAUCAGAGCAGUGGAGGGCAUUGUCCUUUUCUACUCAGCCCUCACAAAGACCCAUCUGAAGUAUGAUGUAAAGAUUUUGGAGAAGGUCCAGAGGAAAGCCAUGAGGGCAAUCAGAGGGCUGGAGGACCUCUCCUAG